AUGUCGUCGUCAGAAGAAGUGUCAUGGAUUUCUUGGUUCUGUGGUCUGAGAGGCAACGAGUUCUUUUGCGAGGUCGACGAGGACUACAUCCAAGAUAAAUUCAACCUCACCGGGCUUAACGAGCAAGUUCCACAUUACAGACAGGCGCUGGAUAUGAUUUUGGAUCUGGAGCCGGAUGACGACCUGGAUGACAACCCGAACCAAAACGAUCUGAUUGAGCAGGCGGCGGAGAUGCUCUACGGGCUCAUUCACGCGCGAUAUAUUUUGACAAAUAGAGGAAUUGCACAGAUGGUAGAAAAGUACCACCAAGGCGACUUCGGACACUGCCCAAGAGUUUAUUGCGAGAACCACCAAAUGCUGCCGAUCGGCCUCUCGGAUAUGCCAGGAGAAGCAAUGGUGAAGCUCUACUGCCCAAAAUGCCAGGAAAUCUACAAUCCGAAGUCUAGCAGACACCACCACACAGAUGGCGCCUAUUUCGGCACCGGAUUUCCACACAUGCUGUUUAUGGUUCACCCAGAGUAUCGCCCGAAACGGCCGACUUCCCAGUUCGUCGCUCGCCUUUACGGCUUCAAGAUCCACCCGAUGGCUUACCAGCUGCAACAGGCACCGGAAAAUCAGAAUGAGCAGUCGAGUCGAGUUGUCUUUUGCCACGGCGGAAAUACGCGCGUUUCGAAUCCAGCGCAGCUUCCUGUCGCCGUCUGUGGCAAACUCGAGUUGCUCCACCAACUCAGUUUCGACCAGAUCAAACAUCGACUGGAGCCCCAAGUUUCUCCCGCGCUCUGGAAAAAGGCGUUAUACCAGCUUAACCCUUCGCCGACAGACAAGACGUCUCUUUACUUGUCGAGCGCGUACGUCUGUGCAUUGCCAUCUAAGAUCUCGCGGCAUCUCUCGCCCUCUGCGUCCAUUUACUUCCAUCGCAUCAUUCGCUUUUUCACUGGCGUUCUAAUCGUCAUCUGUCAGAAAAAGGAAGUGAUCCCUCUCGCCUCCGCCAUCGCCAGGAGUUAUCCGCUUUACUCAAGAAGGACGACGAUGAAGAAAGUGAAGCAACUCUGCGUAGAAUUUCUUGUCGUGGAUGAAGCCAAGCUCUUUUCGCUGACCGAAAUGAAAGAGAGGCUGGAGGGGGACUCGACAUGCUGCCAAGAGAGAAAAUUCUCUCGCAUCUAG